AUGCUGAGUCGUUUCUCCUCUGACCCCGGCAAGGCACAUUGGACUGCACUGAAGCGCAUAUUGCGGUACUUGCAAGGUACCAUAAAUAAAUGUUUAUUUUACAGAAAAGGCUCUGAUGAAAUUGCUGGCUUUUGUGAUGCGGAUUGGGCUGGUGACACCGACAGUAGACGCUCCACUACUGGGUACAUCUUUAUGUUCCAAGGUGGUGCAAUAUCUUGGUUAACCAAGCGGCAACAAACUGUAGCACUUUCAUCGACAGAAGCCGAGUUGAUGUCGACGGUCUGUGCUAUUCAAGAGUCUUUGUGGCUGAAGCGAUUACAAACCGAACUCGUUCUAAGCGGACCGAAGGCUAUGACUAUUUUCUGUGACAACAAAAGCGCAAUAUCACUGUCUUCACUUCAGUUGUGGGAUUGCUUCAUAGAUGAUGAGGUACUUAUGCUUGUUGUAGAAAGCACAAAUGAGUAUGCUGCACAAAAUAAUGAUCCUGAAUUUGUGACAACAAUGGACGAAGAAAAGAGUUUCCUUGGCAUUUUGUACAUUACUGGCUAUCAUACCUUGCCUAACAUACCAGCAUAUUGGUCUAAUCGGGAAUCUCUAGACUGCGAAUAUAUAAAGAGAUCUAUGAGCCGUGACAGAUUUAAACAAAUCAAGAAAUAUAUACACGUUUGUGAUAACCAAAACCUUCGGCCGAGUGACAAAUUUGCUAAAGUAUCGCCGCUCAAUGAUACCUUGAAUAAAAAGUUCAUGCAGUUCGGCGUAUUCUCCCACAAUUUAAGCAUAGAUGAGCAGAUGAUCACUUAUUAUGGACGUCAUUCGUGUAAAAUGUUUAUAAAAAGCAAGCCAAUCCGAUUUGGGUACAAAUACUGGUGUUUGACAUCGGACGAUGGCUACUGUUACCAGUUCAUACCGUAUGCUGGUGCAGCUACAAAAUUCAGUAAUGAUUAUAGCCUUGGAGAAAACGUUGUUCUCCAAUUAUUGUCCCAUCUCGAACGUCCCGAGAACCACAAUGUGACGUUUGAUAACUUUUUUACGAGUUAUAAGCUGAUGCGUCGCUUGAGGUGUAAUGGGUACUUCGCAACGGGUACUGUGCGUGAUAAUCGAACUAAUUAUGCUCCUCUGGUGUGCACAAAUAAUAUGAAGAAAAGACCGAGAGGCAGCUCUGAUUUCGUAUUUGAUAGAAAUAGCGAAGUACUAGUUACACGCUGGAAUGGCAAUUCGGUUGUAACUAUUAUGCCAAACUUUCUUAAACAUGAGACACUACGCCAUGUUAAGAGAUAUGAUCGCAAAGGCAAGAAAAUGAUUACUGUUCGCCAGCCGUUGCUCAUUCACGAGUACAAUCAUCGCAUGGGUGGCGUAGACUUGUUCGACAAUGCUAUGAACAAUUAUCGCAUUAAAAUUCGUGGAAAGAAGUGGUAUUGGCCAUUGCUAACGAAUGCUUUUGAUGCAGCUAAUUUUUAA